AGGUGCUUGCCGCAGGUGUGGUCGCGCGCGCUGGGCAGCGCGGCGCGCGCCGAGGGCCCGCAGCGCACGCCGCUCUACGAGCUGCACGUGGCGCAGGGGGCCAAGAUGGUGGCGUUCUCGGGCUUCCUGCUGCCGGUGGCGUACGCCGCCCAGGGCAUCGCCGCCUCGCACCUGCACACGCGCAGCGAAGCCUGCGCCUCGCUCUUCGACGUCUCCCACAUGAUGCAGACGGAGGUGCGCGGAAAGGACGCCGUGGAGUUCAUGGAGAGCCUGUGCACGGCCGACCUGCGCGGGCUGCCCGACAACGUGUCGGCGCUGACGGCCUUCACGGACCCCAUCACCGGCGGCAUCCUCGACGACCUCAUCGUCACCAAGACCCCGUUGGGCUACCUGCACGUGGUGAGCAACGCCUCCCGACGCGCAGAGGACCAGCAGAUCAUGUUGCGCGCCGAGAGGGCGUUCGCGGCGCGCGGCAAGUGCGUGCGCCUGCGCUUCUUCGGCGCCGAGGAGCGCGCGUUGCUGGCUCUGCAAGGCCCGGGCGCGGCGCGCGCGCUGCAGCCGCUCACGGAGGUGGACGUGGGCCAGCUGCGCUUCAUGGGGUCGACGCUGGCGGAGGUGGCCGGGGCGCCGGCGCGCCUCACGCGCUGCGGCUACACCGGCGAGGACGGGGUGGAGGUGGCGGUGGCGGCGGACCGCGCCGCGCAUGUGGCGCAGGCGCUGCUGGACUCUGCGCACGCCGACGUCCGCCCGGCCGGCCUCGGCGCGCGCGACUCGCUCAGACUUGAAGCUGGGCUGUGCUUGUACGGAAACGACAUCGACCACACCACGACACCUGUGGAAGCAGGUCUCACCUGGAUCAUCGGCAAACGGCGGCGCGAGGCAGCAGACUUCCCGGGCGCAGCGGUGGUGCUGCGCCAGCUGCGCGAGGGGCCCAAGAGGCGGCGCGUGGGGCUGCGCGCCGUGGCGGGGGGCCCGCCCUUCCGC